AAAAACAGUUUACUGCAAUUGAAAGACAAGGAGGGGGAAACGAGGCUAUGGUCAAAAAAAACCAAAUAAUGAGUUGCAUUCUUUAGGGCCAGUCGUUAAAGAGAAAAGCCACUAUUUGAAAAAAAGGGCAGUGUGUUGUCAUCAUCCUACGUCAUUUCUUGAGGGUUGGGGGAAUACGUAGGAAAGAAGACUACUGUUUGGGGACAUGCAUAAAAAGGAAUGAUUGCUGGCCCUUCCUUUUCCCUUUAACAACACCUUUAGACUUUUAACACACUUUGACACACACAACUAUCCUCUCUUGGGACUCAACCAACACUAGUAGAACCUUGUAACAUCUCUAUUACAAGGCACCAACGAUAUCGAAUCCAUACUCAACUCUUUUGAACACACGACUCAUUCAUCCUUUUCACAUCAAAUCAAAUACCCCACCCCACGUAUAUUAGUAAAAUGUCUGCAAACACCGAGUCUCUUUCUCUGCGUCCUUCGGCCUCGGAACCUGGCGAAGUAGAUGUUGUCAACACAUCCAGCGCUGGUGAUGUCUUUCUCGGUGCAGAUUCUCUAUCUUCUCGUCCCAUCGUUACAGGAGUAGGCGAGCAAGAAAUUCCAAGACCCGUUCCUGUACGCGACGCACAAACCGAAGCAGCCCAAACCUCCCUCGUCGACACAGUCAAGAGCACCGCACAAUCAGUCACUGACGCCGUGAAUCGAUCUGGAGCCAUUCCAAAAGCCAAAGAAGUUGCAGCAUCUCUUGGAAGCACACUAGCAUCAGGCGCGCGCGCAACCGGCAGUGCAGUCUCUCAAGCCGUCAAUGCAGCCACAGCUCCCUCCGCAGAAGUGACUCCAGCAACUACUGAAGCUCCUCAGCGCGGAGUGGUAAUUGUCGAGGUUCCUGCUGGCACCACCUUGAAGACGCGGACAGUAGACGAAGCCGAGCUAUCAGCUGCCAGUCCAUCCACAGGUGCACCAGAUGUCGUAUCCGGCGCAAAAUCUGCAGGUGCGACUGCGGGUAGCAUUGCAGGAACUGUAGCAGGAACAUUGGCAACCGCUGCUGGUAUGGCCAAGAAUGCAGCAACAGCAGCGACCAACAAGGUCUUUGGAGCCGGUACUACCGAGCAAGUGAGUGAAUCCGUCGAAAAUGCCGAAAAUUACGUGGCGGACAAGGCGACCGGUGCCAAGCAGUCGACGGAAGCUACUGCCGAGAGCGUAAAAGAGUCUGCCAAGGAAACUGCUGAAAGCGCAAAACUGUCCACUGAAGCCGGGGCGCAAAAUCUCGGUACCUCCAUCCAGAGUACGGCACAAGACAUUAAGGGAGCUGCAGCGGAAAAGGCAACGAAUCUUGGUAACUCUAUUCAAGGCACCGCGCAAGGCGUUAAACAGUCCGCGCAGGAAUCAGUACAGUACGCGAAAGAAAACCCAAAGGAAGCGACAACGUCGGUUCUUUCCAAAGUUGGCUCGGUGACCGGAACUGUCAUUGGCUCCGUAGCAGGCACUGUCGCUGCUGCCACAAGCAUGGCUACUCACGCAGCCUCGAUGGCACUCGGCGGAUCAAAAGAGUCUCAAGUGGUUUCCGAUUUUGAAUGGAAGCCAAAGGGAGACGUGGGCGAAACCCUCUACGUCCAGCCUGCUCACGAGAGCACUGCCAAAGAACGUGGCGAACAGCGAGCCCGCGACAUUGAGAACAAGGCUGGUGAGAUUUACAACCAGACCACAGAAGCUGUGGUGGAAAAGAAGGACCAGGCCGUCGCUGCCGCCAAGAAUGCCGCCGAUACGAUCGUUCAAUCUCAACCUGUGCAAGCUACCACCGCUGCUACUGCGCAGGCUUAUGAUCGUGCUGCGGAGACUGUCUACGCUGCUGGUACGAUUGCGGGUGACACUGCCCACGUCGCUUACGAUAAGACGGCGCAGGCAGCCGCUGCAACUCGUGAUGUUGCUGCCAGUGCUGGGAACACGGCUGCUCAGGCUGCAAAGACUGCUGGUCACGUAGCUGUCGAUGCUGCCGCUGCUACUUAUAAUAAGGCAGCUGAUACGACCAAGGCUGUAACGGACACAGCGAAGAAUGCUGCAGCUGCAACCUACAACACGGCCGCCUCUACCACCAAGGCUGCUACGGACACUGCCAAGGACGUCGCCUCCGCUACUUACGAUAAGGCCGCGGUUACGACCAAGGCUGUGACGGACACUGCGAAGAAUGCUGCAGCUGCAACCUACAACACCGCUGCCUCUACCACUCAGGCUGUGACGGACACUGCGAAGAAUGCUGCAGCUGCGACCUACAACACAGCUGCUUCUACUACCAAGGCUGCUACAGAGACCGCCAAGAACGCUGCGUCUGCUACCUACGACAAAGCAGCUGCUACCACCGGAGCAGCUACCGAAUAUGCCAAGAGCGCUGCCAACACCACUGCCGAGAAGGCUCGCGAUGUAACCAGUGGACCCACUCAAUCCACUACUCCCAUCACCUCUGAAGGCCACCUCGGUUCUCCAGCGGGUAUUGCCGGUGCAUAUGGUUCAUCCGCUCCUACCCGGUCCGAAAUCGGUCUAUCUACCGACUCUGCGAUCUCUGCGUUGGCUGUUCCAUACGAUCAGCGUACCCCAGCUCAACAGGCAGCCAUUGAUAAUGCGCUACGUGGUACCACACCCUCAGAAAUUGAGUCUCCUGCUGAUGACGACAUUCCGUUGACAGAAGUGACUGAGAUUACUGCUAUUACUUGCGUGGAUGCCCCAGUCCCGGAAUCAGAACUCGGGCUCGACGCCCCUCUAGCGACCGAAUAUGCUCUUGCGGACUCUACCCCGAGUAAUGCCACAUUGGACAUCCUCUCUUCUUACACUCCAAAAGGCAGUGUCCUCCCUUCAGACCUAACUCCUUCUGACCUCUCUAAACCACCCCGCGAUGACGCUUCGACCCGCUCCAUUCCCCCCGGUGGAUCUUUGAAAGAGCGGUUGUCCGAACUGGAUCAAGAACAGACACCUCAGUCGACCUUUGAGGAUCAACGUGCUGAACCUGUUCCCCGUCCUCGCUCAAAGGAGAGUUCAACGACCAAUUUGUCGACCAAUGACACGAAAUCGAAGCAUCAUGCUUCGAUCAUGGAGAAAGUAAAGACUAAAAUUGAAAGUGGAGUUGACAAGAUAUUCCAUCGCGACCAUAUUUCACAUGACUCUCAUCACCAAGUGCCUGGUGCUGCGGAAGCCGAGCCUGGCUCAAGGAGGAAGUAG